CCAGUUUAGCUUCGCGUGGUGGCGGGAGAGGACGUGGAACCCGCGGCUGCCUUGCGUGUGUUGCUACCGUGCGUGUGUGUGUGCGUGUGCGUGCGUGAGUGUGCAGUCAUGUAACCACCACAUACACGCCCCUCUGUGUGUGUCUAGGGGCGCGGCGGAUGCUCCCACGCCCUGGAUGAAGGAAUACGCCCUUACGCCCUUACUCACGCCCUUGCUCACGCCCUUGUUCACGCCCUUGCUCACGCCCUUACUCACGCCCUUGCUACCAGUCUCUAACGUAUCUCCUGAAGACCUCAAGUUCACUGUUAUUCACCUGUUCAUUUAAAGACCCGUUCAUCUGUUCACCCGUUCACCUGUUCACCUGUUCAUCUGUUCACCUGUUCACCUGUUCACCUGUUCAACACCAUGCCUGGAAUUGUGGUGUUCAGAAGACGCUGGUCUGUUGGAUCAGAUGAUUUGGUGGUGCCUGGUGUUUUUCUCUUUAUUCUGCACACUAUAUGGCUGAUAGUGCUGGCAGUCAUCUACGGCGUGGUGGGGGCGCGGACCAGCACGUCGGAGGAGUGCUGGUCUGAGCUGCGGGAACACAUCGUGGGCUACCUUGUCAUCCUGUCUGGCUGUGUGAUCGUAGAGUUUUGCAUUGCUCACGUGGCCAUGCGGGGGACCAUACUCGACCCAACGCCCCGAGCCUCCAUGCAGUACCUCCUCUACGUGAGGCUAGCGGUGUUAGUGGCAGAGCUGGUGUGGCUGGUCCUGGGAGUGGUGUGGCUCUCCAAGCACUACACCACCUGCACCUCUCAGGCUGCAAAGGAUGCUAUACUAGGUAUUGUGGUGUGCAACUGGUGUGUGAUGGUGUCUGUGGUGAUAACUGUUUGGUGCACCUUUGACGCUGCCGGGCGGAGCUGGGUGAAGAUGAAGAGGUACCAGCGGUCUAUGAGAGAUACCCCUUCGAAGUUCCAGUAUAGGCGGUCCGGGAAUAGAAACAGAAACUGGAGGCAUAGGAAGGUACUACGAGCCUAUCAGGACAGUUGGGACCACCGCUGUCGUCUGCUCUUUUGCUGUAUGGGGAAAUCAGAUGACAAUAGACAGAAUUCGUUCAGCGACAUAGCAAGGCUGCUGAGCGAGUUUUUCCGGGACUUGGACGUGGUGCCCUCGGAUGUGGUGGCGGGCCUGGUGCUGCUGCGGAAGUACCAGAAACUCAACCGGCAGGAGAUCGUCAAGAGUAACAAGAAUGAUAUCUACGAGUUUCUCUCUGGUGUUCCCAUUACUCCUAGCACUCGGUUCCUGCAGCUGUCGUCUCCCGAGGGCAAGGAGGAGUUUGAGAAGAUCGUUCACUACAUGCGGUUUGCUCUUGCCAUCUACGGGUGGCCAAUGUUUGUGGUGACGAGCUCCACUGCUGAGGUCUGCAAGCUGUGCCCCAUGCUGAGGUGUUUCCUCUGCUGCAAGACUCAGGCCUUGGAGACAGAGGUGGUGAAGGACAACUGCUGCGGCUGUAAUGUGGCUGCGCUGAGGAGGAUGAUACCAGCAGAGGACAUUGAUCUAGUCUACUCUACCUUCCAUGUUGAUGUUGGAGAGACGCCAUUUUUCGUGGCACUGGACCACAAACGCCGCACUGUUGUCAUUAGUAUACGCGGCACUCUGUCCAUGAAGGAUGUCGUGACUGACCUUAAUGCAGAGAGUGAGCCAAUACCAAUGGACGACACGAGGGAAGACUGGCUGGGGCACAAGGGCAUGGUAUCUGCGGCAGAGUACAUCCGGCGAAAGCUCCGAGACGAUAACAUCCUGAGCCGAGCGUUGUCCUUCGACCCAGCAAGGGGGACACAGACGUAUGACUUUGUGCUGGUGGGUCACUCCCUCGGGGCGGGCACGGCAGCCAUCUUAGCCAUUCUCAUGAAGCAGGAGCACCCUAACCUCAGCUGCUUUGCCUACUCCCCACCUGGUGGCCUCCUCAGCAUGCCGGCUGUGGAGUUCACCCGCAGUUUCAUCACGUCGGUCGUGGUGGGGAAGGACGUGGUGCCGCGGAUUGGCCUACACCAGAUGGAGACGAUGCGUGCUGACCUCAUCAAUGCCAUCCAGCGCUCCAAGGACCCCAAGUGGAAGACCAUUGGGGCGUCAGUGCGGUGCUGUGGUGCGUGGGAGGACAGUGGUGGGGAGGCUGAGGAGUUCUCGACAACCAGGGCUGCGAUGAGGGACCAUGCCUCCCACCCCUCUGACUCCUCCAUUGCUCUCACUGUCCACCAGCCUCUCUACCCCCCCGGCAGGAUAUUACACGUCGUCAGGAACCAUCCAGAUAAGAGGCAACAAAAACAUGAGUCAAGGUUUAGUCACUGGCUGGGGCGGCCGACACCGGUAUACCAGGCUGUGUGGCGUGACAAUGAAGAGUUUGAUGAGGUGCUGGUGUCCCCAUGCAUGAUACAGGACCACAUGCCUGACAAGGUACUCAAGGCUCUCGAAAAGGUACUGGAGAGCCCGGGGCCGAGGAAGCCACAGCGAGUGCAGGGACCCAGCCCAACACGUAGAAAGAGCACCACGUCCGCCUCAAGCCACGAUGGAGAGACCCGUACACUCCUCACGCCCUCCUGCUUCCGCUCCUCCCCCACACAGCCCAGCCCUGUCGCCUCCACCAGGACAUCCCCAGUCACCAACACGCCAAUAUCCAACUCGAAAAGUGCCAACCGUCUUGCCACGCCACCCCAUAAGUUGCUUCUGGAGACAUCAUUUACGUGUUCUCCUGCCCAGUCGCCCGAGCCGCCCCUGGACUUAAGGCACCACGCUCGCCUGCACUCCCCGGCCAUCACGUGGGAGCUGCUGUCAGCCCUGGAAGAGCAGCUGCUUCUGGGCAUGCGUGAGGCGAGUAGAGGGCUGGAGAGGGAAGACGACUGGGUGGUGGGUGUGGCGCCGCUUGCUUCACCAGAAACAUUAAGUGAGGCGUCAAGUAUUGUCUCCCGCGCCUCUUUGUUACUGCGGGAGGGGCGGCGUGCUGGCUCCAUCCCCCCUGCCGGCUCCCACCAGCAGACCCCCUCCCCCCUGCUCAACCACCGGCCGCCCCCUGCCCGCCUCGGCAUGGGGUACUGCUUCUAUGUGGAGACGCCGCCGUUGGAGUCACGUCGCCAGCAGCUCAUGGCCGCUGAACGCCUCCCGGAGUCCUCUGACGAUGAGGAGAUCCCCCAGCGGCCCCUCUCCCCUGCCUCCUACAUCACACUGGAGCCCAUCAUCCCCACACCUCCCCCCAAGACCCCUACACCCCACAACGAAGCCCCCACCCCCUGCAACCCCGAGGCGACACAGUGCGGGGCAGCCACUCACACUCCCGUCCAGGACACCCCGGGGAGCAGCCAAGGCCAGGUGGGGCGGCCGGCCGGCAGAGGCUCUCCCGACUCGCCAGGGAGCGGCCAUAGUCCAGACUCCUCCUCCUCCUCCUCCACUUCCUCAUCCACCUCCUCUUCUUCCUCGUCGCAAAUCUCACAUCGAGUAAAAUUUGACUUCACGGCGUCGCAAAUGUCACGAGAUUCUGGGUACGGCGAGAGACUGAACGGCAACCUGAGUGGGGCAAGUGGGGAGUGGGGGGCGGGGGGGCUGGGGAGGGCAGCAGCAGGAGUACGGGCGGGGCCAGGCAUCCCUGGUACAUCACUACAUGUACUCUGGCAUCUCCCCACAGCACUCCCCCCUCUCCCCAGCCAACACUGACUCCUUCACCUCCCCCCUCACCUCAGACCCCCCCCUCCUCGCGGCCCCCCUCCCUCCUCCCAACACCCGUGGAAGUGCCAAGGUUAAGUGCCAGCAGUGUGAGUCAGUCUGGCUCUCAUUACCAUCACCACCAUCCCCCUCACCCAUUAUACAAAGCAACACCACUCCUUCACGACAUCACCAGGUCCCCCAAGGUCAUUCCUGGGGUUUCAAGGACACCACAAAGGGCCGAAAGCAGCGUAUAGUGAGUCCUGUGUCAUUCGGAUUGCUCGUUUGUGAGUUUGUUUGUCGGUGUGAGGAAAAACGUGAUUUACCAAACUUUAUUCUUGGUUCUGGUGAGUGGAAUGUGUCAAGGGGAGUGAAAAGGGAAAGGGAAAAGGGAACAAGGAAAAGGGAACAAGGAAAAUGGAAAGAAAAAAAAUAAGAGUAUGUUUGUAUUGUUGCAUUUUUCUUUUUCUUAUCUUGGAAGCCUUUUUGUUAAUAUUCUCUCUCUCUCUCUCUCUCUCUCUCUCUCUCUCUCUCUCUCUCUCUCUCUCUCUCUCUCUCUCUCUCUCUCUCUCUCUCUCUCUCUCUCUCUCUCUCUCUCCAGGAUUUAUUCAUUUUACCAUAUGUGUGUGUGUAUGUGAAAGAGAGAGAGAGAGAGAGAGAGAGAGAGAGAGAGAGAGAGAGAGAGAGAGAGAGAGAGAGAGAGAGAGAGAGAGAGAGAGAGCAUCUACACUCCUAAACUCAUUCAAAAACUAAACAUACAUUGUAUCCAUUUUUAUCCAUUAUUGGCACUAAUUUGAGGUGCCACGCUGGCCCUGAGGGAGUGCCAGGUUGUGGAGGGCAUGGGAGGGCCACUCAGCUGUCAGGUCAAGUCAAGGUCAGGUCAAGGAGGUCAAUACGGGUAUGCACUCUUUGUUAGGUUAGGUUAAGUCAGAUUAGGUUAGCUUAGGUCAUGUAUUUUUGAUGGACUUGAGAGAGAGAGAGAGGGAGAAAGACGAAGAGGGAGAGAGGAGAGAGGGAAGGAGAGGGAAAGGAAGAAAAAGUGUUAAUUUUUUCUGCUUCCUCCUCCUCUUCCUCUUCUCCCUUUUCUUGUUUUUUUCUUUCCAGUUUGAGAGAAAGAGGAAGAGAGAGAGAGAGAGAGAGAGAGAGAGAGAGAGAGAGAGAGAGAGAGAGAGAGAGAGAGAGAGAGAGAGAGAGAGAGAGAGAGAGAGAAUGUGUAUCUUUCUCCUCCUCUUUUUCUUUUCUUUCUUUUCUUCUGAUUCUUUUAUCUGAUUUGAAAGAGAGAGAAAGAGAGGAAAGGAGAGAGAAAAUAUGAGAGAGAGAGAGAGAAUAUUAAAUUGUUCUUCUUCUCUUCCUCUUCCUUUUCUUCUGCUCUUUAGUUUAAGAAAGAGAUCCAAGAAGAAAGGGAAGGAAAGAGAGAGAGAAAAGAGAGCAUUUAUCUUUUCUCCUCCUUCUCCUUUCUCUUCUUCUUCUUCUUCUUCUUCUUCUUCUUCUUCUUCUUCUUCUUCUUCUUCUUCUUCUUCUCCUCCUCCUCCUCCUCCUCUCAGGUUCAAAUAUCAGUCAGGAACUCAAUUAGUAUUCCAGAAUUUUGUAAUAGAAAACCAAUUAGUGUGUUUUUGUGUAUUGUUUUUCAUGUUUUUGAUAGAACAGGGAAUUGUGUCAUUUUUGUUUUGUUUGUGAUGCAGUUUUACGUAGAGAUGUUUUAUGAAUUUUUUUUAUAUACGGUAUAUAGGGAAUUUGCAUUUUGUUUUUGUUUCUGUGUUUUAGAAAUUUUAUAGUUGCUAUUUAUUUUUGUUUUGCUUUUUUUAAUAGGAUAGAAAACCAUAUUAGUAUUUCGGUUUUUGUCUUAUUAGUGGUUAUGUAUAAACUUUUUCAUAUAUUUGAGACCAGUUUCCCAUCAUUCAGUUUCUAGAGUUUACAUGUAGGCGUAACUUUUUGUAUCUAGGCAGUGUAUUGAUGGUUUGCUGUGUAGAGAGGCAGAUAGCAACAGACGCAGCUUGGCAGAGGCAGUGUGUGUGAGGCCUGUAUGAGGUGGAUGAGUGUGUCUGUUUGUGUGUAGUAUCCCCCAAAACUCUCUUUAAUGAACCAUAUGGAACCUGCUGCCUGAUCACCUGUAAACCUCUCAUUAGUGACACGUACGACAAGAAAGUGUUGAGUGUGUUUCUUGGUCUUGGUGUGUUGUGGGCGAGUGUAUUUGAGUGUUUCUUCUGGUAUUUUAAUCUAUUCCCCUUUUUCUUUUUCUUUUCAGAGCCAUAAAACUUUGUAAAAUUUAAGACAGUGCCAUUUAUUGAAAUGUCACAAAACAAGAGAUAUAUGAAUAAAAAAAUUAACCAGAUACAAAAACAUAAUGCAUUGUUCUGUUUUGUUUUUUAAAAGAGCCAUAAAAGCAUCACAAAACUUAAUAAAACAGAACCAUGUAUUAAAACUCCACAAAGUAAGAGAUAUACAAACAGAGAAUUUUCCUAGAUACAAAACAUAAUGCACUUUUCUCUUAUUGUUGUUUUAAAGAGAGCAGCCGUAAAGAUUCACAAAAAAACAUAUUGAAAUAGUCCCAUCAAUUGAAACUCCAUGAAAUAAGACAUAAAUAAACCAAGAAUUUAAUGGAUACAAAACAUUGCACAGAUAAUUUUAAAGAGGACACCUAUAAAAAUUAUUAAAACCACUAUCUGCUUUGAAUCAACAAAACAAAAAGAUAUUCAAACAAACAGCUAUUGAUACUAAACAUAAUGCACUGACUUUUUUUUCUAAAGAGAACUGUAAACCUUAAUAAAAACACCCAAUCUUUGCCUGAAUGACAUUAAUGAGAUACAGAGAGCUUGAUGAGAGGCUGGUGUGUAGAAGAGGGUGAAAUAAAUGUUCUGGUGUGAAGGAGGGAAAGAAUGAAGGAUGAAUGGAUGGAUGGAUGGAAAGACUUAUAUCAAAGGUAUUGUUAUUAUUAUUCUUAUUUAUUUCUUGCUUGGUGUGUGAUCUGUAAUAGUUUUCUUCAGAGUUUUUAUUUAUUUAUCUAUCUAUUUAUUUAUUUAUUUCAGUGCUAGGAAAUUGUCAGUUAUUUAUUUACAUAUUUAUUUAUAUUUUUCUUGGAGUUUUACAGCGCAAUGAAUCCGUCAGCUUUCAUUUACAUUUUCAUUCACUCAUUCAUUGUAGCUUUUCUUGUUUACCCUCAUAUAUUAAUCUACUCCUUUUCUUCUCUCCACAAUGUUUCUUUCCUUCAACACAAAAUUAUUCUGUUCUUUUCUAUAUGUUACUAAUACUGCAGCCUUUCAUCUCUGCUGUGUUUUAUCUUCUUCCCUCUAAUAUUUUAAUCUACUCCUUUUUUCCCACAAUUCUGUUGGUUUCCUUCUUUCCUCUGAUAUUUUAAUGUAUUCCUUUUUGUCCACAAAGUUGUUAUCCUCCUUCUUUCCUUUAUUCAUCUUCCUCCACAGUCUUUUCUCUAAUGUUUCAGUCUCCAUAUUCCUUUUUCUCUCCACAAUCUUUCUUUUCUUUUAUGUUUUAAUCUUUUCCUUUUCUUCUUUUGUCUUUCCUAUGUGAUAUUAUAAUCUUUUUUCCCACAAUGCUGUUAUAAUCUGUUGCUUUGAAGGCAUUCCAGUCAUUGUGUGUGUGUGUGUGUAUGUGUGUGUUUUCUGUGCCUUGUGGGUGUACCAAGUGCUGUAAGUGUUGUGGUGGUGCUGUGUUGCUUGGCUGAGUGUUUCUGAGGGGAAGCACUUGUGUUGUGGUGGUGGUGCAGUGUCCCAGCCCUCUCUGCCUCAAGGGAAGGGUGUACACAACUGUCCUAGUGGUGGUGUUGACUUUUUGUUCAGGUUUUCAGUGUUUGUUGAAGUGGAUUUGUUUGUUUUUGUAUUUUGUUGUAUGUUUCUUUUUUUGUUUUUGUUUUGUUUUGUUUUGUUUUUUUAGUGUUCCAAGUAAUUUCUUAUAUCUGAAUGAAUUUUGUAUUUUUGUAUUUUGAUGUACAGAAUUUUUUUUGUUUUGUUUUCUUUUGAGUUUCAAGUUGUUUUGUAUGUUUUUUUAAGAAUUUUCCAAGAAUUUUCAUAUUUUCAAAGAAAUUUCCUAGUUAUUUUCAAAGAAAUUUCCUAGUUAUUUUCAAAGAGCUCUAAGAAUUUAUUAUUUUCAUAGAAUUUAUUUAAAGAAUGUCAAGAUUUUCAGAGAUUUUAGAAACUGAGUGUGCAUUGUGGUAACAGAAGAGACAGGGUGGUGCAGAAAGAACAAGCUGUGUUAUAAGUGUGGCUAGCCUUUAUAGUACUUUUUUGUCACUCUGUAGCAAGAAAUAGCAUUUUUUUUAGAACUUGACAGAAUACAGAGUGAUGCAAAGAAAACAUGUUGUGGUUUAUGUAUGGCUAGAUUUUGUAUUACUUUUGCAUCAUGCUGUAGCUGUGAGUGGCUGUUGUAUUUUGUACUUCCAGGGGUACAGAGUGGUGCAGGAAACAAGCACUGUUGGGAAGGGUUCUGUAGCGAUAACUUUAGCGUCACACUGUAGUGGAAGACGUUGCCAAAUUGAAGUAAGAUAAGUGAAGAGAAGCGAGUCUGUGAGUAACUGUGGGUGACUUCAGCACUGGUGAAGGAGAGGUGGUGGAUAGAGUGAGGUGUUCUUGUGGUGCAGGGAGUGUUCGUGUGUCUAUGAAGGUACACUUGGAAAUGGUGAAGUGUAAUUAUUGUUCCAUAUUUUUUAGUGACAAAUCUACACAACAAAUGCAGGAAUUUAGUUAACUACUGUGGUGUGUUUCAGAAGUUGCUCUUGGAAAUGGUGAAAUGUUAUAUUGUUGUGCUUCUUUAUAGUGACAAAUCUACACAACAAAUUAAUAAGGAGUGAACUAAAGAGUAUCAUGGUAUGUUUCAGAAGUUACUCUUAGAAACUGUGAAGCAAAUCUCCACAAACAAAUGAAAGGAGUUUUAACGGGAGAAAUCAAAAGCUAAUAGCGAUAAUUUUUGAGCCGUGAAGUGAUACAAUGACCCAAAGAUGUAAAAAAAAGUGAUAUUUUUGAUUAGUGAAUUAAAAGUUUUAUCAUGAAAAUUACCCUAAAAGUUAUAUUAUGCGAGUCAUCUUAAAAAAACAAACAGAAUAUGUGCCAGUUUAAACUUUGGCAGCAAUGGAAAGAUUACUUAUUUUCAUUAUGAAAGUCACUUUUAAAAAGCAAACAAAAUUACCAAGUGACUGUUUAGUGAAGGAAUGUUUAUUGUUUUUAUCAGGAAAGUCGCCUUAAAAACAACAUAUCACACACCUAUAUAAAGUUUGGCAUAUGAGGGAAGGAACUCUUUACAUCCAACCAACACAUAACAUCUUGACUUGCUCUGAGCUGCUCCUUAAGGCACGCAACCAGCAGUGACCCUCAGACCACGCUGCAUUCACCACAGCACUGAACUGCAGACCCACAACAUCAACUCUGCAUCAGCUACACACACACACACACACACACACACACACACACUGGAAUGAAUUUACACACUACAGUUAACUUGUCUAUAGACCUCAUUGCAUUCAUAGUGACCCAUAGACCCUCACAGACCCAAAACAUCAUCAACUCUACAUCAGCUACACCAUUACAAGAAUUAAUCUCGCUAUAGUCAACUUGUCUACAUUGCAUUCAUCAUAGCAGUGAAAUGUCGACCCACACAGCCACAACAUUGCUUACAUUACUAACUCAGCAUCAAGUACUGUUAUAGCAAUCAAUUUUCAUGUUACCGUAAACUUGUGACAUUUAUAAUUACUCUCCCAGCCAUUCCUACAAGUCCAUACAGGCAAAUUGUUACUAAUAUCAGCUCCACAUCAAGUUUAGCGAUUGAUCUUCAUGCUAAUGCUGACUGGUGACAUCUACACUUACUCUCAACGAAGGGGAGUGUACAGGAACAAGCACUGCCAGCAUUGUAACCACCAAACAGCAGAAGUCCAGACCAUCACAAACCGAGGACUCCCUGUACUUGUUAUUCUUGUUAUCUUAUUCUCAACUCACCAACACUUCAAUUUAAAACGCUUUGCACUUGAUUCAUUCCCUUUGUUUGUCUCCGUGUUGUCUCUCGCGGUAUUUUACUCUUGCUAUUUGUGGUGCUCGAGUCAUGUGUGUAUGUGUGUAUGUGUGUUUGAUCUCAUACUAAACAGUUCCAUAUAACUUUAUAGUGUUAGACUGAGAGGAGAAUGUUUGGGAUGGUUUGGCAUUUUAGGUUGAAGGAAAAGUGUAUUCAGCUCUCUUAAAUUUAACUUUUCAUAUUAGACUGAAGGAAAAAAAGCAUUCGGUUGGCUUAAUCCUAACUUAGCAUCUUAGAGUGAAGGGAAAAGUGUAAUAGAUUGAGUUUGAAAUGUUGCAGCAUUUUAGACUGAAGAAAAGGAAAAGUGCAUUCAUUUCUCUUCUGUUUAACUUGUUAGACUGAAGGAAAAGAAAUGAUCCAGUUCUUUUAAGCUGAACUCAGCAUCUUUGACUGAAGGCAAAAAUGUUAAAGAAAAAAGAAAUGGUGUAAAUAUGCAUGAAACAAUGAAAAAAAUUAAAAUAACCUGAAAUCACAUUUAAAAAGUAAUCAAACUUAGCAGUAUUAUUUAUAAAAUUACUACAGGAACAAAGUAUUAUUAUAGGAACAGCUAUUACUUAAAUUCCAUACUGCUGUGCUGCAAAAAAAAAAAAGGUACAACUUUAUAUAAAAUUGAAAAAGUCAGAAAUCUAGACUAUUAUUUACAAAAGUACAUUACAGGAACUAAGUAUUAUUUAGGGGACAGGUAUUACUAAGACCUUAUACCAUUACAAAGAAAACGGUACAACUUUACAUGAAAUUCAGGCAGGGAACGGUCUCACUGCGAAGGGGCAGGAGUGAACCAACGUGUGCUGUGGGGCCUUGCUGUGGGUGUGUGUGGCCAGCUGUGGUAUGCCUAAGCUCCUGGGGUGUAGUACAGUGGUAUAUGAGACCAUGUGUGUGUGUGUGUGUGUGUGUGUGUGUGGUGCUUUGUCUGGGCCGUCCCGUGUGGGAUUACUGGGUUGGUAUGUAGUUAGAGGAAGCUGAAGAGUAUUAUUUCCAAAAAGUAUUAUUCAAACAGAAAGUAUAUGGGUGAAUAUUACUUGUAUAAACUGUUAGGUAAGAACGAGAUCAACAGUAUUCAUCGUUUUUGCCUGUCAUUCAGUGUUGCAUUUAGUGAGUUUCUUCAUAAUCAUUACAUCAAACUGUUAAGACUCCAGAUUUGAUAUUAUAAACAGUUUUCACAUUUUUUACAUACUCUUUUCCUUGUAUUUCACUUUACUUUACAUUUUUCAUAUUUUCAUCCUAUACUUUUCAUACACACUGUAUGAAGAAGUAUAAAGGAAAGGAAAAGACUCAGAAUUUCACUUUUCACACAGUUUUCACAUUUUUACGUACAUUUUUCUUCAAUUUAAUUUUUCUUUUUCUUCAUAUUUCUCUCCUAUAGUUUUUAUGCACAUUAUUUGGAAAAGUAGAAAGAAAAAGAAAAGUAAAAAAUUUCACUUUUUAGAGUUUUCAGAUUUUUACGUACUCUUCUCCUCGUAUUUCAUUUUUACAUUACAUUUUUUUUUCAUAUUUUUGUCUUAUACUUUUCAGGAAAGACAAAAAAAUUUCACUUUAUAUACGCAGUUUUCACAUUUAUAUACUUUUCCUUAUAUUUCCUCUAUGUUAAGGAACUGAAGAGAAAGACCAUGUGUAUUUUGUAAACAUUUCUCUAUGUAUGUAUGAAAGAUUCCAAUAAGGCAUUCAGAGCUUAUAUUACCAUUGUGUGUGUGUGUGUGUGUAUGUAUUAUGAAAAGCCAGUGUAUAUUUUUGAAAGGUGUGUGUGUGUGUGAGUUUGCGUGUAUAUGUGUGUGUCAGGUGAAGUUAUACCUCUUAUGUACGUCUGUGUGCGUUACAAAAGGUGUGUGUACAUGAGGGAAGAUUCAUGUCAAUAUACGUACAUGUGUAAGUGUGAGGAAUUAUCUACGUGUGCGUUUGAAGAGGUUAUUCAUGUACGUAUAUUUGUGUGUGCGUUCUGGAGGGUCUGUACAUGUGUGGGUAUUAUGGAUGGUUUGUAUUUACACCAGGGAAGGUUGGGUUCUGUGUGUGUGUGUGUUUGUACGUGCUAUGAAGAGUUGGUUUUUAUGCUAGAGAAGGCCGGAGGUGGUGUGUGUAUGUGUGUCUGUGUGUCUGUGUGUCUUAAAUGCUUUGGUGUCUUAUCAUUACUUCUCAAAGGCUCUAGUGAAAGUUAUUGGGGUUUUCAAGGGUGUUUUCAUGAUUCCAGUGAUAGUUUAACAGGCUGCAGUGGAAGUUAUUAGGGUUUUCAAGGGUGUUUUCAUGAUUCCAGUGAUAGUUUAACAGGCUGCAGUGGAAGUUAUUGGGGUUUUCAAGGGUGUUUUCACAAUAAUAAUGACAGAGAAUAGAAAAAAAAAAAAUACCGCAGGAAGAAAACACACUAAGAAAGCCAGACCAAUUAUCUCAGUGGCCUUUGAAAACAGUGAUGAGAAGAGUGAGGCAAGUAAGAACCAAGACACAAGAGGGGAGGCAAGGAAUGGACUCACAAUGCCAGGAAGCCAAAGAUGUUAACAUUAAGUAGUGUUAGCUGCAUUCCACCGUCACCAUCGCUUCUGUCGCAUCUCGUCAACCUGAAUCUGACACUGGUGACUUGAAUCUUAACUUGAUAUUUUUGUGCUUGUAUCUAUUUUUUUUGUUUAUUUGUUUUCUUUUUUUUUUUUCGUCGUACCCGAAAAUUUUGUGCUUGUACUUUUCUUAAUUAUUUUUAUCUAUUGUUUUUGUUGUUUUUAUAAUCUUUCCUGAAAAUUUUGUGUUUGUACCUGACUUAUCUCUUUUUUUUAUUGUUUUUUUUAUUCUCUUUCUUAAUCUUAGCAGGAAGUUUCAUGUUCAUAUCUCACUUCACUUUUUUUUUCAUUAUUAUUAUUUUUUUAUCUUACUUUUGUACCUGUCUGUGUAUCACCUGUUCUUCAUUAAUUUUCACUUACCUGUUUCCUUUAAUUUUUUUCAUCUCUAUUUGUAAGGUUAUAUUUAUCAGUUUUUCUCACCUGUGGAUUCACCUUUGGGAUGAUAUUGCUAUUCUCGUUAACUUUUACCUGUCACUUCUUCUCUUACCUGUAAAGUUACCUGUGAAUUUACCUGUGAGCUUACCUUGUUACAUUUCCUCACCUGUCUGUGUAAUAGCACCUGUUCACCUGUUAUCUCACCUGUUCACGUCUCGUCGGUCUGCUUACCUGUGAACUUCCUCGUUGAACUUUACCUGUGAACUCGUCUCGUUAACCUGCAGAAACAUGUCGUAGGUCACGAAAUACACCUGAGAAUUUGAGUAUUAUCAAGUAUUAAAGAGAGAGGAAGUGUGAAAGUAGGUAUUCAUCGCUUACUUGCUUACUUCUUGCUUACUUUUUCUCUGUGUGUGCGUGUGUCUGUAUCUCGACUAUGGCAUGGCUGUACCUUGUAUCUUCACCUGUUGUUGUUGCCUGUCAUGUGCAGGAAAAUUUUGCCCUUAUGCCAGGAAGGGAUAAGGCUUAUUUUGAUGGCUCAUGUGUCCCCUGUUUGUCUCCUUCCUUGUCUUCCUUUGUUUUCAUCUUUUUUUCCUUUCUUUUCCUUGAUUUUCUCCUUUUUCCUUUUAUCUCUCCCAUUCUUCCUUUUUUCCCCUUCCAUUUCCUGCCUUUCUUCCUUUUCCAUCCUUAUCCUUUCCUUUCCUUCAUUUUCUUUUCUGUUUUUUUUCUUUGUUUCCCUUCUCUUUCUUAUCUUUGUUCCUUUUUCUCUUUUCUUCCACUCCAUUUCUUUUUCCUUUCCAUUUCACACUGUUCUUCCUUUUCUCCUUCCAUUUCCUCUUCCCUUCCCUUUCUUUCUUCUCUUCCCUACCUUCUUUCAGUCUUCCUCCCUACCCUUCCUUCCCUUCUAUUUCAUCCUCUUGUUCAUCACCUCCCCAUACCAUCCCUUCCCCAUCCCUCCCAUUCCCUGUGAAAUACAUACAUAUAUAUAUGGUGUGUUGGUGAAGGAAACCUCAUUUUGUAUAAUAUUCAUGCAUGUUAUAUAUAUUACUUCUUUUAUAAGUAUAUUCUCUCUCUUGCUCCUCAUCUCUGUCUGUACUAAAAUAAUCAAACGAUGUAUUUAUAAAGAAAGGAAACAGUUGUAUAUAAAGUCGUGCAUCUUUUUUGCAAAGUUUUAUCAUAGCUUGUAAACUCAUACAUGCAUAUAUACAUACAUACAUACAUAAAUGAAUAAAAUAUAUAUAUAUAGUUUCACAGAAAAAAAAUAUAUAUAUAGUACGGUCUGUAUAUCAUUUUUACUCACCAGAUAUAUAAGAUUGAUAAGUGUGUUGUUAUUAGUGUUAUGAAAUAUCACUGGCUUCUCCUUUUUAUUUUUUAUUUAUGAAAGGUUAGGAGGAUAAUGACAGGGAACAGGGGUGAACCAGUGUGUGUUGUGUGUGCUCAGGGGCCUUGCUGUGGAAGUACCCUGUAUUUGCUGUGGCCUCAGGAUUGGCGUAGAUGCAGGGUAGGGAACAGUCUCAUUGUGAAGGGGCGAGGGUGAACCAGUGUGUGCUGUGGGGCCUUGCUGUGGGUGUGUGUGGCCAGCUGUGGUGUGCCUAACCUCCUGGGGUGUAGCAGGGUGGUCCACAAGACUGUUCCUUUCCACCAGAGGCUGAUGGGGCUGAGUGUGUGAGUGUGUGUGUGUGUGUGUGUGUGUGUGUGGUGCCUUGUCUUGGCCACCCCAUGUGGGAUUGCCAGCCUGGUAUAGAGAUAGAUAGUUUAAUAUUAGAUCUGUAGUAAUGAUAGGUUAGGUUCAAAGAUUAUCUAGUCUAUAUGUGUGUGUGUGUGUGUGUGUGUGUGUGUGUGUGUGUGUGUGUGUGUGUGUGUGUGUGUGUGUGUGUAUUAGUUGGUUUAAUAGAUUUUUUCCUCUCUCUCUCUCUCUCUCUCUCUCUCUCUCUCUCUCUCUCUCUCUCUCUCUCUCUCUCUCUCUCUCUCUCUCUCUCUCUCUUAUUGUGUUAGUUUGUCUGUAUAUAUGUUAUUUUUUUAGUCAUGUUCAGUUUACUUAUUGUUAUUAUUAUUAUUAUUAUUAUUAUUAUUAUUAUUAUUAUUAUUAUUAUUAUUAUUAUUACUGAUACUCAAUUGAUUCUUGUAUUAUUUGUUUUUGUUGUUAUUGUUAAUGUAUUUAUUUUAAUAUUUCAAUAACCUUUUCCUUUGUUGUACUGAUUCUUAUAAAUUCUCUCUCUCUCUCUCUCUCUCUCUCUCUCUCUCUCUCUCUCUCUCUCUCUCUCUCUCUCUCUCUCUCUCUCUCUCUCU